UCUCCUCUUCCUACUCCUCCCCACCCUCCACCUCCUCUCCCGCUCAUCUCCCUCAGAGAUCCCCGGUGCGACGGGCAUCUGUGCCACUGCCUCACCCCCCGGAUAGGCGAUCCAGAGAAGCGUCGCUGCGCGAUUCGCAGGAGUUGAUCAAAGGCACACCGGCGCGUUUUGGGCGAUGCUGCGACGCGUCUCCAGUGCGCGGCGGUCUUCAGCACCACGGACAGCGCCGCGGAUCUCUUCACUCUCCCGCUCAUGAUCCGCACAGCCCGGAUGAGUUUCUAGAGAACUGCGCUCUGCCUCACGCGUCAGCGGUCAUGCAUCGCAGGCACACCACCCUUCGAGAAAAGGGGCGUCGCCAGGCCGUCCGAGGCCCUGCCUACAUGUUCAAUGAACGUGGGACCAGCCUCACAGCAGAGGAGGAACGUUUCCUUGACGCUGCAGAGUACGGCAACAUUCCUGUUGUCCGCAAGAUGUUGGACGAGUCCAAAACACUCAACUUCAACUGUGUGGACUACAUGGGCCAGAACUCAUUGCAGUUAGCGGUUGCCAAUGAACACCUGGAGGUCACAGAGCUCCUCCUGAAGAAGGACGGAAUGGCACGCAUAGGCGACGCGCUCCUAUUGGCUAUCAGCAAAGGAUACGUGCGAAUCGUUGAGGCCAUACUGGCCCACCCGGCAUUCGCGGGCGGAUUGAGACUCACCUUAAGCCCGCUGGAGCAAGAACUGAGGGACGACGACUUCUACGCCUACGACGAGGACGGGACGCGAUUUUCCCACGACGUGACACCUGUGAUCCUGGCCGCUCACUGUCAGGAGUAUGAGAUCGUCCACAUUUUGUUGAUUAAAGGCGCCAGGAUCGAGCGACCCCACGACUACUUCUGCAAGUGCUACGAGUGUACGGAGAAACAGAGACGAGACUCCUUUAGCCACUCCAGAUCGCGCAUGAACGCGUACAAAGGGCUCGCCAGCGCCGCCUACCUGUCAUUGUCCAGUGAAGAUCCCGUGCUGACGGCUCUCGAGCUGAGCAACGAACUCGCACGCCUUGCCAACAUAGAGACAGAGUUUAAGAAUGAGUACAGGAAGUUAUCCAUGCAGUGUAAGGAUUUUGUGGUUGGUGUUUUGGAUCUGUGUCGUGAUACAGAAGAAGUGGAGGCCAUUCUGAACGGUGAUGUGGAUCAGAACCCAUCCACAGAACAGAGACCCUGCCUGAGUCGGGUCAAACUCGCCAUCAAAUAUGAAGUCAAAAAGUUUGUGGCUCAUCCAAACUGUCAGCAGCAGCUCCUGACCAUCUGGUAUGAGAACCUGUCGGGUCUGAGACAGCAGUCUAUUGGUGUGAAGUGUCUGACGGUUCUGGGUGUUACUGUCGGUCUGCCCUUCCUCGCCAUUGCUUACUGGAUCGUGCCCUGUAGCAAGCUGGGGCAGAUAUUGCGGAGUCCCUUCAUGAAGUUUGUAGCUCAUGCCGUCUCUUUCACCAUCUUCUUGACUCUGCUGAUUCUGAACGCAUCGGACCGCUUUGAGGGGGUGAAGAACCUCCCGAACGAGACCAUAACAGAUCACCCACGUCAGGUGUUUCGGGUCAAGACCACCCGGUUCUCCUGGACAGAGCUGCUUAUCAUGAAAUGGGUUCUAGGAAUGAUCUGGUCUGAAUGUAAGGAGAUCUGGACGGACGGUCCACGCGAGUACGUCAUGCACCUGUGGAACGUUCUGGACUUUGGAAUGCUGUCCAUCUUUGUGGCAUCAUUCACAGCUCGCUUCAUGGCGUUCCUCAAAGCGUCCAAAGCUCAGCUCUACGUUGACCUGCAUGUUCCCAACCACGACAUCAGCAAUGCGUCACUUCCUGAUGACAUCGCCUACUUCACAUAUGCAAGGAACCGAUGGAGACCAUCAGAUCCUCAGAUCAUCUCAGAAGGUCUGUACGCCAUCGCCGUGGUCCUGAGCUUUUCUCGUAUCGCCUACAUCCUCCCGGCCAACGAGAGCUUCGGCCCGCUGCAGAUCUCUCUGGGUCGCACGGUGAAGGACAUCUUCAAGUUUAUGGUCAUCUUCAUCAUGGUCUUCGUGGCUUUCAUGCUUGGCAUGUUCAACCUGUACUCAUAUUACCUGGGUGCCAAAUACAAUCCGGCCUUCACCACGGUUGAAGAGAGUUUCAAGACUCUGUUCUGGUCUAUAUUUGGUCUGUCAGAGGUGAUUUCUGUGGUUUUGAAGUAUGAUCACAAGUUCAUCGAAAACAUCGGUUACGUCCUGUACGGGGUUUAUAAUGUCACAAUGGUGGUGGUUCUGCUCAACAUGUUGAUCGCAAUGAUAAACAGCUCCUACCAGGAGAUAGAGGAAGACGCUGAUGUUGAAUGGAAGUUUGCUCGUGCUAAACUCUGGUUGUCGUAUUUCGAUGAGGGACGGACCCUUCCUGCUCCAUUUAACCUGGUGCCCAGUCCAAAAUCCUUCUACUACCUGAUUAUCAGGGUUAAGUCCGGCCUCCUGCGACUAUGUAAGGGAAAAGGCCAUCGACAUGGUAGCGAGCUGGAAAUGGGAAUGCUCAACUCACGGCUGAAGUAUGAUCAUCAUCGAGCAAAUAUCAGGAAGAGAGAGGAGAACACCAUAAAGAAACCCAUUAAAAACCCAACACGCUAUCAGAAGAUAAUGAAGCGUUUGAUUAAGCGCUAUGUUCUGAAGGCUCAAGUCGACAGAGAGAAUGAUGAAGUUAAUGAAGGUGAGCUGAAGGAAAUUAAACAGGACAUCUCCAGUCUCCGCUACGAGCUUCUAGAAGAGAAAUCUCAGGCCACUGGAGAACUGACGGACCUCAUUCAACAACUCAGCGACAAGUUCGGCAGAAAUGCAAAAAAACAACCUUAAAAAAUGUGCUGAAAUGCAUGAGGAAUGAGAGAGGUGAUGAAAACACUGUGAUAUUGUGUUAUUUAAUAUGGAAAUAUUUGAACUGACUGUAACUGUGUGAAAGUACAUAAAGCAGAUUUCUUUUUCA